AUGAGCGAAAUUACCCAUCCUACCAUCCAAGAUGGCUGGUUCCGUGAGAUCUCGGACAUGUGGCCUGGCCAGGCCAUGACCCUCAAGGUCAAGAAGGUCAUCCACCACGAGAAGUCCAAGUACCAGGAUGUUCUCAUCUUCGAGUCCACCGACCACGGCAUGGUCCUGGUUCUCGACAACGUCAUCCAGUGCACCGAGCGUGAUGAGUUCUCGUACCAGGAGAUGAUCACCCACCUGGCCAUGAACUCUCACCCCAACCCCAAGAAGGUUCUUGUUAUUGGUGGCGGUGACGGCGGUGUCCUCCGUGAGGUCGUCAAGCACGACACCGUCGAGGAGGCCAUCCUCUGCGACAUUGACGAGGCCGUCAUCCGCCUCUCCAAGCAGUUCCUCCCCGGCAUGGCCGUCGGCUUCGACCACCCCAAGUCCAAGACCCACGUCGGCGACGGCUUCAAGUUCCUUGAGGAGUACAAGAACACCUUCGACGUCAUCAUCACCGACUCCUCCGACCCCGAGGGCCCCGCCGAGUCCCUCUUCCAGAAGCCCUACUUCCAGCUCCUCCACGACGCUCUGCGUGAGGGCGGUGUCAUUACUACCCAAGCCGAGAACCAGUGGCUUCACCUGUCCCUCAUCACCAAGCUCAAGAAGGACUGCAAGGAGAUCUUCCCCGUCGCCGAGUACGCCUACACCACCAUCCCCACCUACCCCUCCGGCCAGAUCGGCUUCAUGGUCUGCACCAAGGACGCCAACCGCAACGUCAAGGAGCCCAUCCGCAAGUGGUCCCCCGAGGAGGAGGAGAAGCUGUGCAAGUACUACAACGCCGACAUCCACAAGGCCGCCUUCAUCCUGCCCAACUUUGCCAAGAAGGCUCUGGAGUAA